GCCCGAGUACUCUGACUGUAAGAGAGCUAAACGGACAUUUGGACAUAAACACGCUCCAAAUGUCCGUCUAGCUCUCUUACAGUCAGAGUACUCGGGCUAAGAUACCCGAACCAACUUGGGGGAAACAAAGCAAGUACUUUGAGUGUGACCCUUGGUUUAUACUUCCGUGAUAAUUACUCGGCGUGCGCAGUAUUAUGAAAGUCAUUUUAAAUCGUUAAAAGUUACCCAAGUGUAAAACAAGUGUAAAACAAGUUAAGAUGUACAGACGACAAACACACAUUGUCUGCAUGAUUGUGUGCCAGUGUUUUCUCACUGCAGCAUAUAAGCAUGUUAUUUUCAUGCACGGAAUCUUAUCUGGACCUUGGGAAUCAAGUGAACUUGAGGCCUACAUUCAACAGGUUCACCCUGGAACCAAUGUCACUUCAAUUGAUGCUUUUACUUUUCUCGGAAGUUUGACAACAAUGUGGACACAGGUCUACAAGAUUCAGAUACAAGUUCACCAAAUCAUGGAAGAAAACCCUGAAGGAAUUCAUUUAAUUUGUUAUUCACAAGGUGGCCUCAUCUGCCGAGGUCUUCUGUCCAUCCUGCAACACAAUGUGGAGUCUUUCGUAUCCCUGAGCUCACCUCUUGCAGGACAGUUUGGUGAUACUGUAUAUCUCAAGUACCUGUUUCCCACCUACUUAAAGGAAAACCUGUAUAAAUUCUUUUACACUGAGAGAGGGCAGAAUAUUUCUGUGGCCAACUACUGGAAUGAUCCACAUCACCAGGAGCUGUACAGGAUGUGGGCCACUUACCUCCCUGUGCUCAACAAUGAGACACAUAAUGAACAGAGCUUCAAAUUCAAAGAAAACUUUCUGAGGCUAAAAACUAUGGUGCUGGUGGGAGGGCCUGAUGAUGGAGUUAUUGCCCCUUGGCAGUCAAGUCAGUUUGGUUCAUUUGACUCCAAUGAAACAGUUAUACCAAUGAGAGAACAAAAGUGGUAUAUAAAUGAUUCCUUUGGUCUCUUGACGUUGGAUAAAAGAAAAGCUGUGCACUUGUUUACUCAUCACGGAGUGCAGCAUGUGCACUGGUACAGAAAUCGGACCAUCUUCGACUGCUGCAUAGAGCCAUACUUAACUUAGUCACACACAUUCAGUGCAGGCAACAUUUUGUUUUUCGUUUUUUUUUAUUAGCUACAUUUAUAGUCGAUUGAAAAUUGAGCAACAUUUACCUAUUAAUGUUUUAAAAUUUGUGUAACAAUCUCUGAAACUCGCAUGCAAUACCAGGGCUCGGACAGGAACUUAAUGAUGGUACUGAUGGCAAUUGACAAGAGCUGCAGUAGGAAGUGUCGUAGGUUAGGACCUUUACUGAUGGCACUUUUUUUGCUGCUACUGGAUAAAAUGUAUUGCCGUCAGUUGAGGAGAUAAGUUUAAUUUUUAAAGUUAUGUUCAGUUUUUGCAAAAGCUACUGGCUUAAGAUUGCUGUAGACACACUUAAAAUUUAUGUAGUUGAGCAUCUUGCCAGCAGCAAAAACAUUUUAAAAUUACUAUCAUAGGUAAUACAUUCUGAAGUUUAAGCCCUGAAGAAUAUAUACCAAAAUGUUCUCUGCACUGAUGUCAUUGUUUUUGCUUAUUUCUGAUAAUUUUGUUCACUUCUUUUCACUUUAAUCACAUAAUUAUUGUUGUUAUCUAACAUAAGAAAUGAACGUACAGUAUUAAGUAAUACAUGCACUAUUAUGCACUAUACUUUGUUAAUUUUACUAUGUAUAUAAUCUAUAAUUAACCACCUUGGAAUGUUAAUAAUUAAUUUGUUUAUACAUGUAGUUGGUCCUCUAAUCUGCUGUGUCUUUCAACUUUCAGAGACGAGAUUCGGGUUGGGGGGAGCAGAGACCUCGAUCCCCAUUAAAUAUAUUUAAGAGCCUCCCCCCCCCCCCCCCCCCAUUUGAUUGCCUUUUUUACAAGUUAGUUCAUAUGUCCUUUUGACCCUUGGUCUUCCCCCAAAAUAGGGGCGGGAUGUAGCCCAGUCUGGGAUUGAUCCCCAUCAGUGGACCCAUUAGGUGAUUUCUUGUUUCAGCCAAUGCACCACAACUGGUAUAUCAACAGCCGUGGGAUUUGCUAUUCUGUUAUGUGAUGGUACAUAUAAAAGAUCCUUUGCUACUAAUAGAAAAAUGUAGCGAGUUUCCUCUAAGACUAUAUGUCAAACUUACCAAAUGUUUGACAUCCAAUAGCCGAUGAUUAAUAAAUCAAUGUGCUUUAGUGGUGGUGUUAAACCAAACACUUUUUUUUUUCACCAACUAUUUCCUGGAUCUGGCACUUUGUCUGUGAAAUUAAGUCCACUUUUGAUGUGAUAUUGACAGUGCAAACCUUUGUAAAUAAAUGCACAAACUCAACAGUAAAGGCAGUUUUCUUUGUUUAAUUUUGCAACAAUACUCACACAGGGGUGGGUGUAGGAGAGGCUCAUAGGUUGACGUUUUAAGAAUGUAUUUUAUAGGUUAACAUAAAAAGAUAACGUCUCGAUCUCCCAAAGGGGUGGGACAUAGCCCAGUGGUAAAAUGCUCGCUCGAUGCGUGGUUGGUCUGGGAUCGAUCCCCGUCGGUGGGCCUAUUGGGCUAUUUCUCAUUCCAGCCAGUGCACCACGACUGGCAUAACAA